UUCAAUUAAAAAAUUUCAAAGUAAAAGCCUAAGUACCAAAGGGAAAAAAAGUAGAAGAGAAAAACAAGAGAAACUCCCCAGGUGGGAAGGAAUGUAGUUUCUUUUGUGGGAUUUUCAUAGGGAACUGGCUCUUUGUCUUACAGGGGGUGCAGACUUUAGAGAUAAGGGGGGGUUUCCUGCAGACCCUUUGAGAUGGAAAUUGGGUUCCUGGUAGAUCCCUGUCAGGCUGUUUGCCUUAGGUCUCCCCAUUAUCUCAGCCUCCCUGGGGAGCCCAAGCUCUGGGGCAGAAUGUUUGGAUGGACCUUGGCUAACUCCCAGUUGAUGAGAAAAGGCCUGGGAUUUGCAGGAAGUCAGAAAUGUAGGAUGUGUCUGCCCUGCCCAGAGGCGCUCUCAGCAGCGCUGUGCGGGGAGGGAAGCGGGUCUCAGUGCAGGGAAGGUCGUUCUGGUGGUGCUGGAACAGCCAUGUGAUGGGCAACUCAGUAAAUCAGGGUGUUUUUCACAGAACAUUGUUUUUAGAAAGUUUGUGGAGCGGAGAGAGCUAAAAUGGAGCCACGUGCAGCCGCCGAGGACGGGAAACUGAGGCUUCCUCCUGCCCUCACUCACCCCAGGACCCUUUCCUUCAUGUUCCAGGUGCUGUGCCGGGUCCCCAUGGCAGGCACAGACCUUGGAAUGCAGAAGGCGCGAAGACGGGGUGGGAGCGGGUCCUGGCCUCAGGCAGAGACCAUCUGUCUACCCGCUGCUGCAGCUUCUCUAGCAGGGGGGGCCAAUCUGCUCCAGGUCUGUUGCUGGCCACCCCCCCUGUGCUGUCGCUCAGGCCCGCAGUGCUGCUGUGCCCCCCAGGAGUCUGGAGCCAUCAAGAGCAGCUGUCCGGGAGCUGGUCAGCGGCCGGAGACUCACCCGGGGGACAGGGUGGGUAGACACUGUACGGGGACCUCUGCGGGGACUCCGGGCAGGUUUUUGUCUCCCAUGGUGGUGCUAAGGACUUACUGCUGGCUCUGUUCCGAGGACACUCCUGUGGGGUCUGUGCGCCAGAGUCUCCAUGCAUUCUCCCGCGACUGCAGGCUCACUCAUGCUGGAGUGUUGAGAAAAGAGGCAGCCGUUUCCUUGUCACGGGAGCCCAGGCCUUUGGGUCCCCUGAAGGAAUCUUUCUCCUCCUGCCUUGACUCAAGAGACGAGGGUCUCCUGCUCAUCUCGAUCUGUCACGGGGGAACUGUGACCGGUGAGCCUCUUGGCACCCCACACACGGUGGCUUUCUGCUGUACUCGCCGGGAUGGGAGCUCCAGAAAUUCCACGGACCUGGGAGGGCAGAAGGCCCCUCCUCAGCAGCACGGGCCCUUCACGGGCAGAAGAGAGGCAGGCCCACUCUCCGGAGCCUUGCAUGCAGAUGUCUGUGUAGCAGGGAUAAGCUGGGCUUCCUGCUUCAGAAUCUUCCCCUCAACGUGCAGUGAGGCCGGUCAGAAGCCCGCCUCGGGUGCUCGGGGAGAGAACGGAGCACUGUGGCAAGAGUCUUCACAGUCAUCUCGGGACAAUGCGUGACGGCAGCACGGAGACCACCUCUGAGAUUCUGAGAAGGGCCCCGAUAUAUUUUCCCCCUGCUCUUGGAAAGACCAGCUGAGUCUGGAAAGAGCGUCUGAGUUGUGGCCUGCGGCCCCCGGCUAGAACCGCAGCAGAGACUCGGGGCUCAGUCCUUCUGGGGUGACUGGGACAGGAACUUGCAAUGGGAAAGCAAUGCCGCUAUCCCUGCAGACGCUGGCUGUGAAGGGCGGGGACACUCAGCAGGGAGAUGGGCCUUGCAGGGAGUUGGGAAGCACGUUGACCCUUGAACCUGAUGGACACACGGGUCUGCUCUGCCCACUGCCAGCCAGUUCUCCUUGGGACCAGCAAGCCCCCCCCCGCCCCCGCACACACACACACAAAAGCACAGACAUCAGUUUCUUCUGCGUUGUGAGAUGCAGCGCUCAGCGCGACGUGGAAUUAAUGUGGGUUAGUGGAACGUGGCCAGGUGGAGCAUGGCCAGGUGCCACGUGAUCUGCCCUGUCAUCGGACUUGUCAGGGACUGUUUUCUAGAAAGGCCUGACGACGCCCAUAAGGGUUUGCUUUGGUGCGUCACCAGAGAUGCCACGUCAGCCCCGUCCAUCUCUCCAUCCCUUGGUUACUUUGCUGCAUGAUGUAGUUGAAGGCACGUGGCACCUUCUCACCGCCGUUCACGUGGCCCCAUAGUCCUGUGCAGGAGGAGGGGCCCAGGCCCCGAGUGCCCCAUGGGGGCUGCGUGUUUGCCUCAGAACUGGUGGUCUGGCACAGGGAGUGAGGCUUCAUCUUCCGCCUGGCUCCGCCUUCUGCCUAGCUUCACCCUCUGCGUGUGAUUUGUCCUCUGCGUGGUUUGUCCUCUGCAUGGCUUCAUCUUCCACGUGGCUUUGUCCUCCACAUGACUUCAUCCUCGGAGUGGCUAUGGAGCCCUGUGUGUGUCCCCUGUGUGUGUGCUAGCUGGGACCGGUGACCCCGGGGAUCCCCUUUGGAAGGGAAGCAUGGUGCUGAACUGUACUGGCCCAGGCUGGUGCGAGCACAGUGAGCGUCGGAAGGGGAGUUUGGAACCGGCCUCGCCAACUGCCAGAAUGAGCCCCGGGAAAUCGCACAGCCUGGCGGUGCCUGUCCUGAAGGGAAGCGGCCGUCACGGCUGGAUGUGUUCAUGCAGCGAGUUGGGAAACAGUUCUGCAGUUGUCCCGCCGCUCACAGCCAUUCUCCAGGGCGGGCCUUUGCCUCGUGUCUAAUUACUUGUUUUUACAUUUAUCAAAAUCUUCCCCUUCCUUUUGCAUUGAUGUGACUAUUCCUGUGCCAAGCCUUUCCAUAGAAGCUGCAUAAUAAAUGCCACUUUGCGUUUUCACAUACAAA